GGCUGGGCUUUGCGCUUCCUCCCACUCCGGGGCUCUCCGCUCAGACGCUAGUAAAAGGAGAGAGAGAAGGAGGGGGAGAGGAAAAAACGGCUCCCUGUGUGGCGAGACAAGCGCGGCGGCGGCGGUGCAGGUGCAGGUGCUGUGUCUCAUCGGGGAUGCGGAUGGAAGGACGGGGGAGGGAAGAAGGGACGAAGGGAGGCGAACGCGCCGGGGAGGCGACACCGGAUGCGAGAAGUCGCUAAAAAAAGAAAGGAGGAGAGAGGAGCGCUAGAUAAGGAGGCGCAAGGUCGAAUAUGAGCCAUCGUGGUCGAACGAACGGGGCACUUGGCGUGGCGCUAGCUGGCUGGCAAUAGUAUGAUUUGGUAUGUGGCCACUCUGAUAGCAAGUAUAUUCAGCACCAGAGGAACGGCCGCUCAAGGUGUCCACGGAGUGAGAGAGGAGCCUCGGUUUGUGACGGCGCGCGCUGGAGAGAGCGUGAUCCUGGGGUGCGACGUGUCCCCUCCCCUGGAUGGCCAGCAGCCCCCCUACGUGGUGGAGUGGUUCAAGUUCGGAGUGCCUAUUCCUUUCUUCAUCAACUUCCGCUUCUACCCUCCCCAUGUGGACCCAGAGUACACUGGUCGAGCCUCUCUGCAUGGGAAGGCCUCCCUGCAGAUCGAGCCGGUGCGCUCGGAGGACCAGGGCUGGUACGAGUGCCGGGUCCUGAUGCUGGAGCAACAGUACGACACCUUCCACAACGGCAGCUGGGUGCACCUCACGGUCAACGCACCGCCAACUUUUACAUCGACGCCGCCGCAGUAUGUGGAGGCAAAGGAAGGUGGCAGCAUCCUGCUCAGCUGCUUUGCCCAGGGAAACCCCAAACCUAUAAUCAGCUGGCUACGGGAGGGGGAAGAGCUUGUCACCAACGCUAAAUAUUCGGUGCACGACGGAAGCCUGACCAUCCUCGGCAUCACCCGCGAUGACAGGGGGGCAUACACGUGCAGAGCCUACAGCGACCAGGGGAAGGUUCUGCACACUACCCGUCUUCUGGUGCAAGGGCCACCGUUCAUCGUCUCCCCACCAGAAAAUGUCACUGUCAACAUAUCCCAGAAUGCAUUGUUCACCUGCCAAGCCGAAGCAUAUCCUGGCAACCUGACCUACACCUGGUUCUGGGAGGAGGAUAACGUCUACUUUAAGAAUGACCUGAAGCUGCGAGUGCGCAUCCUCAUUGACGGCACCCUCAUCAUCUUCCGGGUCAAGCCCGAGGACGCGGGAAAAUACACGUGCAGCCCGAGCAACAGCCUGGGCAUCUCGCCUUCGGCGUCAGCCUACCUGACCGUUCAGUACCCGGCCCGAGUGAUCAACAUGCCGCCGGUCAUCUACGUCCCCCGCAAACUGCCAGGCACCAUCCGCUGCCCGGCCGACGCCAACCCGCCCGUGACGUCGGUCAAGUGGGAGAAGGACGGCUACCCUCUGCGGGUGGAGAAGUACCCCGGUUGGAGCCUGACGCUAGAUGGGAGCAUUCGGGUAGCCGAGGCCACAGAAGACUCCCUGGGCACCUACACCUGUGUGCCUUACAACGCCCUGGGUACCAUGGGCAUGUCCCCCCCUGCCACUCUGGUGCUAAAGGAUCCCCCUUACUUUAAUGUGAGGCCCGGGGGGGAGUACCGACAGGAGGCCGGUAGAGAGUUAGUAAUCCCCUGUGCUGCUUCUGGAGACCCUGAUAUUCCCAGCAUCACUUGGAGAAAGGUUGGGAAGCCGAGCCGGAGUAAGCACAACAUCCUCCUUAGCGGCAGCUUACAGUUCUUGUCGCUCAGCAAGGAGGAUCACGGCGAGUGGGAGUGUGUCGCUACCAACGUGGUCACGAGCAUCACUGCCAGUACCAGGAUCCUGGUCAUUGGCACCAGCCCACACGCCCCCAGCAACAUCCACGUUGUGCCCUCGACCACCUCCGCUAAUGUGUCCUGGGAAGCGGGCUAUGACGGCGGCUUCGAGCAGAGUUUUUCCGUGUGGUACGGUCCAGUGUCAAAGAGAGUGGACUAUGGUCCACACGACUGGCAUUCCAUGCCGGUUUCUGGUGCUCAGACGUGGUUGCUGGUGCCAGGGCUGGAGCCUGGGACAGAGUACCAGUUCAGUGUGCUGGCACAGAACAAGCUGGGCACAGGUCCAUUCAGCGAAGUUGUGACAGUCAACACUGCAGGUUCUCCCCUGGGUACCCCAGAACCACUGGUGCUUCUUACCCCACCACGGUGCCUCACCGCCAACCGCACGCAGCACGGUGUCCUCCUCACCUGGCUGCCCCCGGGCAACCACUCCUCACCCAUCAAUCGCUACAUCAUGGAGUUUCGCCUCGGGGAGCGAUGGGAGACCCUGGACGACCUGAUCCCAUCCACCGAGACCGAGCUCGUCGCCAGAGACCUGGUUCAGGAGUCUUGGUAUGAGUUUCGGGUGAUGGCAGUCAUGGAAGACCUGAUCAGUGAAAGCAGCAAUGUAGUCGGAGUGUCCAGCACGGAUCCCUUCCCUCCUGCGGAGGUGGCCGACGAGGGCCUGGCCCGUCCCGUGGUGGCGGGGGUGGUGGCAACUAUCUGUUUCCUGGCAGCUGCCGUUUUGUUCAGCACUCUGGCCGCGUGCUUCGUCAACAAGCAGCACCGGCGCAAGCUCAAGCGCAAACCUGAUCCUCCCCUGUCCGUGACGCACUUCAGGAAGAGCGUGGAAUCACCGCCUCCUCUCACCCCUUUGCCCGGGGUAGAGCCCUGCUGGGACGAGCCUGCCAGGAGCAGUUUCUUGCCCCCGCCCGCCAGCCCCCUGUUGUCGUCAGGGAAGAUUAGCCCGGAGAGCUCCCCACCAUCUCGGCCACGCUCCAUUUCCUCCGACGGUUCCCACGGACCUGGGCUGUAUGUCAGGAAGCUGCCCAGCCCCCAGCGGGACAAGGACAAGGAGCUUUCCUUCUACAAGAAAACCAAGCGUGCCAUUGCUAGCAAGAAGUACAGCGUGUCUAAGCACGAGGCUGAAGUCACCACACCAAUUGAGCUGAUAUGCCGUGGCCCCGACGGCCGCUUCGUCAUGGAAACUAGCCCACCGCAACGUCGCAUCCAGGGCUUCCCUUUCGCCGAGGAGUCCGACCUGUACCCCGAGUUCCGUCAGUCCGACGAGGAGAACGAUUUCGAUCCUGGGCCUCUGCCGCCCAUCAUGCCCACGCUGCGGCCCCAGCUCUCCCCGACAUCCUCCAGCCUGGAGUCCACGCAGCCCCCAACCUACAGCCCCCACCUGCACAGGGCCAUGGAAGGUAUGAGCUUUGCAGAGGGCAGUGCACUUCACGCCUCAGGGCAGGCCCCGUCCGCUCGCUACAGGGGCUUCCCUCAUAGCCCCUUCUAUGGGUAUCUCGGCAGCCGCGUUGAAUCAGGGAUUGCACCACCAUUCUACAUGCCUGACAUCAGCCCGCAUGGCUCCGCUCUGUCCUCCCCCCCGGGCACCGCCGAGGGGCCCUUUGGCUAUCCCUCCAUCCCAGAGGAGAGCGGAGAGAUGGAGCACCAUCAGUACACCGCCUCCGGCCAUUCUCUGUCUCACACUCACAGCCCUUCCACUCGCUCACCUGAUAGCUGGCCACCUCAUGCGUUACCCUUCCUGGGUCUGGAGGGUCCAGGCUUCAUGCUCCCCCCUCACCAUUCUUUACAUCAUCCUUCAGACAUGCCCGACCCACCCUCUUACCUCUCUCACUCGCUCCCGACCGGUCGCCUCCACCUCCCUCCCCUGACGGAUCCGACAAGCCCGAGACUCCUGCAGCUGGAGGUCCCUGUGGCUCCCCCAGGCAGAGACCAGCCCCCGGGGCCUCCGGUUAGGCGCUUAGCUAUGCAACAGGCCCAAAGUCUCGGCCAGCUCAGACACACGGCCCACGGAGUGGGUGUACCAGUGUUGCCUUUCCCUGACCCGGCAGCCCGUGCAGGGAGCCCAAGCACAGCCCCCAGUAGUAGCCCCCAGUCUUGGCUCAGCCCGAGGGCGGGGCGCCGAGCAGACCCCAGCCUGCCCCCCUUAGUACUCCAACCCUCUCGCCUGUCCCCGCUCUCCCAAAGCCCACUUAGCACCCAGCCGGGUUCUCCAGAUAUUCUCGUACGUCCACCUCCUCGCACUGGCAUCCUCCGCACCUCUCGGUCUCUGGAGAUGCCCGAGCUCACCCUGCAGCCCUCAGCCAGCUUCUCUCGGAGGUCCUCCCUGACCGCCUCUCCCACUACGAGUCAGAGCGGUAAGCAGGCCAGCCCUGGUUACCACGCCGCUCACAUGUCCUACGCCUCCACGGCAGCCAGUUACCCCUCACAGUCCCCUACUCCCCCGCCGGAGGGUAGGGAUGUUUUCGGGCAAAGGCCGUCCCAGAGAAGGACAGAGGAGGAGAUGCUACCCUCAGAGCCCUCCCAGCUCCAGGUUUCAGCCUCUGGGGACCCUCUAGGUGGGGCUAGUGAUGCUGCUGCUGGGUCUGAGAGUCUACCAGCACUGCUCCACCACUGUAUCACAAAAGCUAAAGGAGUGGCCACCAACAACAAUAACAACGCAACUUUCGUGAGGAGAACCGGUGCAGCUCCCUCUCAGACCCAGCAGCCAUGUCAGACGCCCAACCGGGACGAGGUGCUCAACAGAACGAGAAAAAGGCAAACCAAGAAGAACCCCUAUCUCUAUUUGACGUCCUUGCUGCAUCGCAGGCGCUCCGAGGAUGACCAGACGAGCAUCCUGACCGACGCCGACUUGGAGGGCCCCAAUUACGGGACCCUGCGCUGACCCGCUGGCCUGCCAAGCCAUUGAACUCGAUUCAAGGCCACCUCAGACCGCUCUGCCCCACCCCCACCGCAUCCUGAUCUUAGUAUCAAGCUGAUAGCUUUCUUAUCAGCGCUCGAGUUGAUGGGGGUUUAACUGAGGCAUCGACGUGAGUACAUGAACAAUUGGUUUGGCUUCCUUCCAUCUCACUUGAAAAGAUAUGAUGUAUAUAAAUAGUCAAAACGAGGGAGUGAAGUUGCGUUCUACAGUAAUAAAGAAGUCACUCACGCAAGAGGGGGCAGGUGAGGGUCCAUAUGUUUUUCCAAUGAUACAGUGUACUGUUAUGCUCCGGUGCGACUUUUCCUACAAUACAAAUAGCGUCAGUAUUCAAACACAGGGUUCUUACCACCAAAUAUACCUCAGAGUAAACGCAGAGUUGCUGUAAUUCUUGUGGUAUACUGUACGUACUUGACCUUUUUACAUAUGGAGAGAAAAAAAAGAAACUAAUAAGGUUUGGAUCACGCGAUGUACUCGCUUUCCCCCCCCCCCCCCCCCCCCCCCGACACGUUAGCUAGCCUUUGGUUCUCGCUAUUAGCUUGUGUUUAUUUAGCGGUACUAUCCACUGAGACUGUCUUAAUGUGUCAGUGUUAUGUGGUUGGACUCACCGAUGGUCGGUGAUUUUAGACGAACAGGGUGACCAGUCGUAAAAUAUCGAGUAGGAUGAAUUUCACUUGUAUUGCGUGGCACAUCUGGAGGUGCCUUUUUUUGCCUUUGCGCUCGUCUUUUUUCUAGCUUCAACUUGCCUUUUCCGUCGCCUUCUCACAUUAGUUUCGUCGAGGAGGACUCCAAAACUACUUUGUUCUUCUAUUUCGCCAGAAAGGAAGCAUGACCCCUGUUUUUAGUUUGGUUUGUUUGUUUGUUGGCUUUUUAUAGCUUCGGCUGCGCAUUCCGAGUUGACACUAAAUGCACAGGGCUACCAAAAGGGAAAGAAGGCAAAUAAAUAAACUCAUAAAUCAAAGUUCAUGCAGACGGAAUAAAGGUGCUGCAUGUUAAAUAGCAAGCAUAUAAUGCCUCGUAAUGCUGGAAAGUGCUCAAAGCAAUGAAUACAGUGGACCCUCCGGAGUCAAUCCGAGUCAAGACAUACUGAAGGUGUUCAAGAAAGAAACAAUGGAAAUGAGUGAAAAACUCAAACAUUCAUCACAGUCUGUUCACAAUCUUAAUUCCUCAAAUGCAUGUAUUAACUGUGAUUCUGGAGAGUCUGUUACUAACCAAAGUAGCAGCACCUACAGAGUCACGUAAAGAGUCUCUAAGAAUUAGUGUGGAAGUUUUGAUGGUCUUAUGCCAUUUGGAGACCGCGCCAUUAACGAUGAUUAGCAUUCCAAUUGAUUCCAAUCUGUGGUCACUCUCAAAAAUCUAGUGUGCAGGAAUAUUUACGCCCCUGCAAAUGUAGAAGCAGGGUAGUAAAUGUAGAAGCCAGCUGAAUGCCGUUCACUGGCAGUUCACGACUGGUUAAGGCUAGAAUUGGAAUGAUAGAAACUAGCACGAUGGCUGUGUGUUAGCAACUUGUGCUCUGCGCUAAUUGUGUUCACUCAAUUGCAUAUUAUGUUACUAAGGUAACAUAAUAUGACUUUUAGCUCAUGGUUUGGUUCGCAUCAGGUACAGUAAAAUGACAAAAUGGAAAACCAUUCGCAUAUCUUGCUUAAAUAACAAUUUCAAUCAAGGAAGCAGAGUAAAAUUCAAAUUCCUGGGAGGCAAUUCUCCAAUAAAUGAAAGAUUUAAAAAAAAAAGUACAGUAAAUACGAUAAAUGAAAGAUUUAAAAAAAUGUACAGUACACAAUAAAAUAAAAAUUAGUCUAGGAUAAACUUAUAACAGCUUAAUUUGUUUUUAUUUUUAUGAUAGGACAAUGACAAUUUGGUCUUUUUUAGGAGCUAAACGAGAUAGACAAGUUCAAGAAAAAACACUACUGUAUACGUCUGGAGGUUUAUACCGAGAGAUUAAUUUUUUUCCUUGUUACAUUGACAUUCAUAUUGGUGUGAUGUCAUUCCAAAUGAAUGAACAACUAUUUAAUACUGUAUAUUGUUAGCCACGGCAUCCGCUAUCCCGAGGCUGAGCUGCACUGUCAGAAUACAAAUACACACCUACUUACCCUUACCUUUGAUGAGAAGCAUAUGUUUUGUUUUUAGUUUUGCCGUUGUCAUUUGUGCCAUUUGUGUCUUUGGCUUAAUCUAAUGAAUACGCACAAAAAAAAGCCAAAGGGUAAAAAACAAACAAACAAACAAACACUCCAUUUGACUUCCGUCUGAAUCUCGAGGGUCCACUGUACUCAACCACAAGCAACAGCAAGACUGUUUAACAUAUGUAUAUGACUUUAUGGCUACUACUCUGUAUGUUGGUUGACUUUCUGACACUAGCCGAUAAUGAAUGUAUGCUUUUCGCUGUACAGGAAAUGAAUGUCCCGGUGUCGCAGUGCAUUGAAUGACCGCUGACAUUGUUUUUCUUUUUUUAAGGUGCGGCCUGCACCCAGGCCAAACUGUUCGGCACUGUUAGGCCCCUUUCCGAGCCCUGUUUUUAAUGCUUUUUUCAAUCAUACAAAUAUGACAAGCAAUUUGCCACCAGUGAAAGGUCAAAGCUAAUGGUUGCCUGAAAGUGAACAUCCACGCAAAUCGGUAUAAGAGACGGUGAAUUAAGAGCAGACACAAAUCUAUAUUUGUUAUGUACUGUACAUGUAUCGUAUUUGUAAAGAGAAACCACAUUUUAUUGGAAGACCUUCUUGUAAUGACGAUAUACAAAAAGGACCUAGAAAGAAAUUAGAUUAUAUAAAUAUAUUAAACACAAACACAAAAAAGAACAGUACUUGCUUACAGUACUGCUUUAAGUGGAAGCAUUUUAAGGUGCCUCGUUUGUCUUGCUUUUAGCGCACAUGGUUUUACCCCCAGAGGAGUGAACGUAAUAAUGUUAGCAGCGUAUGGUGUAUUGCUUCUGCUUGUACAUUUUAUCCUGUGAAAAUGUUAAGCUUUAGACGCAGACUUCUAUAGACACUUUCACGCAAACCCUGCAAAAUUCCUGCUGUGACAGAAGGGCUGGGCGUAAUAACCUUGAAAUAUAAUCCCCACCCCGAAUAAAUCAGAUAUCCGAUAUCUACCAAACUUUUUCCCUUUCGCUUGUAGGAAAAGCAAAGAACAAUGAUAUUAUUUAAAAUAAGUUUCUCCCAUCACAAAACAAGCUUUUGAACCAUUUUUCCCCCUGCAAUUAUUUUUUCCCAGCAUUAAUUUGCAUCAACGUUCUCAGAAAUAAUAGAAAAUAAUAUUUACAUUUUUUUCUUUACAAAUAAUAAGUAAAUAAGGGCUUUAUUUAACAAAAAACAAAUGUAUGUCAACAUGAUGCAGAAAAAAAGUAACAUUUCAAAUUCAACAUAAAAUUGAACCAUCAAACUACAUCGCGAGGCUGGUCCAUAUGUGAGCCCUCUCAUGGUUUUUCCAAUGUAAAAAUGUGUAGGUGAGGCAAGUCGACCACAAACAACAUAUUUGCGACUUAGAAGCACACACCUCGGGUCAAAACUUUCCAAAAUGUCAAUAAAUGCCUGCUUUUUUUAACAUUUAA